CCCAAACAGUACAUACAAUUAACUCCCCCACACCCGCCGUUCUAAGCAGGCAAUCAUCCAGCCCUCCUCUUCCUCUCUCUCCCUCACCUAUCCUUCCACUUCCUCCUCCUCCUCUUCCUCCUCCUCCUCUCUUCAACAACACAACCCUCUUCCCCUCCCACUCCGUGUCACACUCUACCUUCGCGUAACUCCAUAACUCCAUACAUCGCCACCACAUACCAUCACCACCUGAUAUUAACCCUUUGGAAUCUGGACAGCUAGUCUCGUCCCACUAAAUUAUUCGCGGUCAAUACGCUGGUAGUGGUUCUCGUACCUACUUAAAUAGCUCACCUCGAACCCGCAUACCUCAUCGACAACAUGGCGUCUCCUAGUUCCGCGUCGCCAGAGACGCUCAUUACCGUGAAGGUCGCUCACGACAAGAACAUCCGUCGCUUCAAGCUUGCGUUGAAGGAAGUCGGGCCCAGCGUUUUCCAGGGAAAGAUAAGAGAACUACUCGCCUUGCCGCCCACACAGAACGUCAAGUUUGAGCGAUAUUCUGACAGUGCUGCGAGCUUUGUCACGCUCGACCCCGAGAACACCGGUGUCUACAAGCAGCUCUUCAGAGCUGCCAAGGCUAAACUGAAGCUUCGCAUCAGGGUGACGACGAUUACCGAGGACAACGCUCCUACAGAAGCCCAAGAUCUGGCCGACCGUGUCUCUCUUCCACCAUUGUAUUCGACCACCAACGUCAACGCUUCUUCUUCCCAGUCGACGCUUUCCCCUCCGAUCGCUACUCCGACCGUUGACUCCGCGCAACUCGACGACGUUGUCGCCAAGGCCGUUUCUUCGUACUGCACGAGCAGCGAUUUCACGAGCCAACUGCGUGACACUGUUCGCGAGGAGGUCGGGAAGGUCGAGAAGGUCGAAAAGGUCGAGAAGCAACAGCCGGAAACAGCCGACCUCAUCAACCUGUCUAGGAGCUCGGAAUCGUUGGGCACUCAGCCUGAUGUCGAAAAGUUGAUCCAGUCCCUUCACCAGACCCAUAUCAACUGUAACUUCGCCAUCUACUGUAACGUGUGCAACGGCACUAUCGACGGAUCGCACUACCAUUGUGAUUUGUGCGAUGGAGGUGAUUACGAUCUCUGCGAGAAGUGCGUUGACCGGAGUAGCCACUGCUACGACAGCGAGCACUCGUUGACUAAGCGAGAUAUCGUCGGUGGACGACCUGUCGUCCAGGAGAGAAACAGCAAGAGCAUGUGCAAGACUCGCAUCUGUAAUUCCUGCGUUGGCCGGUUCGGAGACGAGCAGUGCGUUGUCUGUUUGGAUUGCAAGGACUAUGAUCUAUGCCUCUCUUGCCUGCGCGCUGGAGAGCACGGCCACGACCCUCGACAUGGUUUCGUCCGUGCUAAGACGACCGUGACUUUGUCUAAGGAAGACGAGGCUCUUUGCGACCGCUGUGACCAGGCAAUCACCGGCAUUCGCCACAAGUGCAUCGACUGCCCCGACUGGGAUUACUGCCACGAGUGUAUCUGGGUCGCCAGCGAACACCAUCCUGGACACCGCUUCGUCCAGGUUCUCGACAGCCUGACCGUUGCACCGCUUGGUUUCCACCUUUCCGGUGUGAGGCACAACGGAGUUUAUUGCGAUGGCCCGGUCUGUGCACAGUACGGAAACGGAUGCAUUCGAGGUCCUAGAUACAAGUGUGCCAUCUGCCCAGAUACAGACUUCUGUGGCACUUGUGAAGCUUCGCCUUUGAACCGCCACAACUCCAGCCAUCCUCUGAUUAAGUUCAGGACUCCGAUCCGCAAUGUUCACGUCACAACUACUGAUAACACCAAUACCGUGAUGGGUGACUUCCCGGAACCCGAAGUUAAGCGCGAGUCCAGCGGCAACACUGCAAGUGAGGUUCACACUAUCGCGGACGUCAAGCCUACUGAGGAGUUUACCCCUCCUGUCGAGAGCGCUGUCAAGGCGGUUGAGGAGGUUGUUGAGGAGGUCGUUGAGGCCGUCGAGAAGGUCGUCGAGGAGGUUGUUGAGGUUGUCGAGGAGGUUCAGGUUCAGGCAGAGCCCGUUAAGGUGAACGUCUUGGAGCCGUUGUCCGCUACCUUCAGCGGUGACAGCAUUGCCGAUGGCACCAGCCUGCCCGUCGGACAGGAGUUCACCCAAACGUGGUAUAUGGAGAACACUGGCACCACUUCUUGGCCCGCUGGUGUGACGGUCAAGUUUGUCGGUGGUGACUACAUGUUCCUCAAGUCGGACACGUAUUCUCUGGACGCUACGGUUACCGAUUGUGAGAUUAAGCCUGGCGAGACUGCUAGCUUCUCGGUCGGACUUUCUGCUACCUGGCCUCCCAACAAGGCCUUCAUCUCCUACUGGCGUUUGACGGCUCCAGAUGGUAGACGCUUCGGCGACAACAUUUGGUGCAGCAUCAACGUUGUGGAGUCUCAAGAGGCCCCCUCGGAAGUGGCGCCGGAACACGAGGAGGACAGGCAGUCGGAGACUUACAGCUCCGAGAGCGUGGUCGACGCCAACAGCGUCAAGACUGAGAGUGUUAGGGAGGAGAAGAACGACUUCGAGAGUAUUGCCGAGAUCAUGGUUAGGUCCCAGGCAUCCUCCGAGAUGGUCUUCCCCAAGCUCGAGGUUGAGAGCCCGGUUCACUCGCUGGAGUCCCUCCCGUCGCGUGCCAGCACCGACCAGGCUGAGGAGAUCCCCAUGCCUGCUAGUCCCGUUAGCAAUUCGUCUCACAAGACUUUCGCGCUCAGCGAGAACGGCGAUAUCGAGGAGGAGGUCGAUAUCAGUUCGAUCGAGGGCAGCGAGGACUUCAUGACCGACGAGGAGUACGACGUCCUCUGCGCUUCCGACGAGGAGUUUGAGGACUGCGAGCGCCAUGUGUAGACGGACCGGACCUUUUAUUGCUCGGUUGGGUAAAUUGUUCUCUUGCUUGGAAUUGGGAUGGUUGGAAACGGUGGAGCAUUGGGUGUUUUUCUCAUUUCAUUAUUUUGGUAUUUUCAUGUUCUUUUACUGACUGGUUGGCCCGUACUGUUUGCUUUUGUGUACUUCGUUUGUCCGUUCUCACGCUUUUUUUCUUCUUGUGGAGAUUUCUCGGGGGCUUCAUGGCAGUGGAAAAUGGGGGGAAGGGAAAUUGGACACUGAAGGGAUGGAAAGGGAAAACGUAUUGCUUUUGAUUGUCUGCUGCUGCUUCUUGUCCUUUCGUACCGUCUGUCUUCCACAGAACAGUCGCUCCUUAGGAAAUGUAUUUGUUAAGUAUGGUUCUUGAAUCUACCGUGCUGCAUGAUGAUGAACUUGCUCCU